AUGUCCGACGAACAGAUGGAGGUCGACACCUCCGCCGAGAACGGCACGUCCUCACCCACCGACAACAAGAAGUCUUCGUCUUCUGAGGCUCGGACGCAGCAGAACGCCGUCGCCGUGCGCAGUAUUGAGGGCUGGAUCGUGAUCGCAACAAACAUACACGAAGAAGCGAGCGAAGAAGACAUCACGGACCUUUUUGCAGAAUACGGUGACAUCAAGAAUUUGCAUCUGAACCUCGACCGCAGAACAGGAUACGUCAAGGGAUAUGUCCUGAUUGAGUAUCCGACACAAGUCGAAGCCCGCGCUGCUAUCAAGGCCCUCAAUGGCACAAAGUUCCUUGACCAGACCAUCGAAGUCGACUAUGCAUUCGUGCGCUCCCCACCGAAGCAAGACAAGGCUCGCGCUGGUGGUAGACGGGGUGGUAGAGAUCGCAGCCGCAGCCGCAGCCGCGAUCGGGACCGGCCAAGAGACGAUGACAAGGGCGAAGAUGCAAUGAAGGACUAA